CUGUCUUCUCCCUUUCUCCAUCAUCUCUCCAAUUGCUUCUCUAUAUAACAAACUACUCUUUAGAUCAUUAUCAUAUCAUGGGUGAUCAUAGCAGCUCACAAGCAUCUUACAUCCAUUUGGUGCAUCAUUUGAUAGAAGAAUGUAUAAUCUUCAAAAUGGGCAAAGAAGAGUGUAUGGAUGCUCUGUUCAAGCAUGCUAAUAUCAAGCCUGUCAUCACUUCCACGGUGUGGAAGGAGCUAGAGAAAGAGAACAAAGAGUUCUUCGAGGCAUAUGAGAGAAGAAGAGAAGAAAUGCCGACGGAGAAAGAGACAGCUCAAAGAAUUCGAGAUUUGCUUGCACGAACUAAAAUCUAAGAUCACGACACCUUCUUACUUAUGCGUACACAUAUAUGCAUGUAUGUGUGUAUGUAUGUAUGAAUAAACCGAAUUCUAUAGUAUACUCAAUGGGGAAUGAAUAAUUUCAUUAAUGGGGAAAAUGUCAUUUCAUCUUAAGCACUUGUUACGAUACCGAACUUGCACGGUGUUUGUAUUAAGUUCAUGAUUUUCUGUAUUUUUUUUUUACUUGUUUGUCUCUACGUAUGUUAUAUCUGUAGUAAAUUUUUUUUUUUUGUAAGAAAUCUGUAGUAAAAAUAUAUAUAUAUAUAUAUAUA